AUGCACCGAUACCCCGCCACCGAAAUCUUAUUUUUUGCUCACAAUCAGUUCUAAUCGACCAGCGUUGACACAACUAUCGAUCCCGCAAUACAGAACCAAACGCUAUGGAACAGGUAGGUAGGCACGUAGCUUCUUCAAAAGACCGCUUCGCACAACGCGUGUGACUAGUUUUCAGACAAGCGUGUCACGAGUGGUCGUUAGAAGAAACUCACGGAUCAAAGGAACGUCACAGUGACGUUGAUCACACUGUAUUACAAUUCGUAUGCAGGAACAGUUUGUCACGAAGAAUCGAAAAAUUGGUUUCACCACGAUGCAGUCACCGUUCACGAUGCAAGGAGAAACGUUUUCAGACAUCUCGAUCACGAUAUCCGCUUUCUACCUGAAGUUCGUUGGUAUGUGGUUGGUAGAAAACGAUGAGGAUUUACUUCGGAGGAGGAUCGCUAUAUGCUGUACUAUUUUUUCGACUGUGCUCACUAUGUCUUGCGAGGUCAGAGAUUUGUAUUUUUCCUGGGGCGACUUCAACAAUGCUAUUUACGUUGCCACUAACAAUGUAAGUGUUGCACUGAUACUGCUUAAGGUUUAUGUCAUCAUGGCGAACAAAAUAGAAUUCAAUGAAUUGAUUUUAUUCAUGAGAGAGCAUUUCUGGAAAAAUGAUUAUGACUGCUAUGAGAAAAAGAUCUUGGCCAAUACCAGUAAGACAUGUAUUUCAAUUAUCGCUAUGAAUGUCUUUGGCGCGCACGCUAUCGUUACGAUUCAGUCUUCUACACCAAUCUUUAUCAAUAUGGGAAAAAAUGAAACUGACAGAGUCCAUCCAUUCAACAUGUGGCUUGGUCCUUUUUCAACGUCAACUCCCUACUAUGAAAUAUUGUACAUCUUCCAGGUGAUAGUCUAUUAUCACAUUGCCGUGUGUUUCUUUUGCUUCGACAACAUUCUCUGCAUUGUGAAUAUGCAUGUCUCUGCUCAGUUUCGUAUAGUUCAGUACAGACUGGUGAAACUGCAUAACACAGAAGAGGAAAUGAAGGAUAGGAAUGCGAAUAUAACUGUUGCCAUGAAUUCUUCUAAAUCUUAUGAAAAAUUGAAGAGCUGCAUUCGACAUCACCAGAAUCUUAUUCGUUAUUGCAUGAAGAUCGAGAAAGUGUUCACGUUAAUUAUGCUCGGAGAAAUGACACUCAUCAGUGGACUAAUUUGUCUUUACGGGUACCAAGUAUUUUUGGCAAAAACAAACGCGAUGAGACGUUGGACGUUCGGCUUGCUCAUGGUAGGCACAACGAUGCUGCUACUGAUGUUCAUAUACUCUUGCCAUGGCCUGAUAGAACAAAGUCACAAUGUCGGAAAUGCAGCAUAUUCGACGCCAUGGACGCUUAUGCCGAUGAACAAACUUGGCAGAAAUCUGCGAAACGAUUUGAUGAUGGUUUCCGUGCGAUCGAGACGUGUUUGUUGCUUGACAGCGAAUGGAUUCUUUCCAAUAUCGCUAGAAACUUACACCAAAAUUAUGAGUACCGCGGUAUCAUACUUUACGUUAUUGAGAGGCCGGACAGAAGAUAUGUUGAAGGACUAACUACAAUGUACGUAGAACACUUUAUUAAUAUAUUGUACAAAAUACGUGUGUAAGUAAACGUGAAACUCCGUCGUCAUUGUUCUUCAUGGUUCGACACACGAGCAAUUAUAACUGAAGAAAGAGAGAGAAACAAAACAAACGUAGUUAAUUUUUUUAUUCACGUGAAGAAGUGCAUUUACGGCCACCUCAGA